AUGCGGGAUGACAUUGUGCCAAGAUACCAACGUAAUUCCCAUCCAGAUAACUUCAGUACGUAUCGAAAAUUGUGCGAAAAUCGAGUGAGGAGAUUGGAAAGAUACAAGAAAUCAAAGUCUUUUUGCUCAUUGGACGAUAUUUCAUCGAGUAAUCUGGAAACGGAGGGUGAGGAAGAGACAACCACAUCUGCGGAACCAAUUGCGUCAUCGUCAACAGCCAGUACAUCUGCUGAAAACAGUAAUUCAAAUGCAUUUCAAGUCCUCAAGGAGAAGAUGGUGAGUGUUUGAAUAUUCAUAUUUUUAAACUAAUUUUUGUAAUCUUUAUUUUUUCUACAAAAGGAAUUUACAUUUCAGAUUUCGUUGAUGGAAAACGACGUCCAACUCCUUCAGAAGCUGCUCACCUUAGGAGAUACGAUCCAGGAACUCCGUGAGAAGCAGGGUCUUCAGCAUCGUUCAUCCAGCGAGACUUCCCUUUCCUCGAAUGCUGAAGAAGAUGAUGAAUGGCGGCCCAUGGUCUCUCAGCCCUUCAGUGCUUCCAUGUCGGCGAUCACGCGUCUUUAUGUUGAUGAUGUUGAUGAUGAUGAUCCCGAUGUCCUGAAGCCGAAUGUUCAAUACUUUUCGAGGAAGAAUUCGAUUCUUCGAAUCCCGAUCCCUCCUAGAGCAAGUAAUCGAUAUCUGGGAAGGAGAUUGAUUAACCGGGACAAGACCACACUCUGCGAGAAGGCGAAGGUGAUGUUGGAAAAGGGAGGAGAGAGUGAUAAGAGCUCCACUUUGAACAGCCAGUCGAGUCAGUCCAGUCAGGAGAGUGUGGGCACCACCAGAAAUGGAGUCGGCAACUCUUCCCGGAAUUCUGAUGCCAGUCUGGACUCGGGAAUUGCUUCGGCUUCGAUUGAUGCGGUUUGA